AUGGCAAAUGGACAUGGAGACAGUGGAAACUCAAGAAUCAAUAGAAGCACUGCAACUUCUCUCACAUUCAAACAUUACACUUACCCUGCUAUCCCCGCUCCUCAACAAGACCAAAUACCAGCGUCAAAACGUCGACGUAUUGCCGAUCCUUCGGACAGAUUUGUCUACCAGAAUGGUAUUAAUGGUCUAGAGAAAAGCAACUCCUGCAUUCAAUUGCAACAUCAGAAUCAGAUUCCCAGUGGCUCUGCUCUUGGAAGCGCUUUCUCGUUCUCGUCGCAGAGUGCAGCAACAGACAGAACGUACCGCGAUGAUUUUGAGUCCGAAGCAUCAAAUUACAAUACUCCAAACACAUCAACCUCAGUAUUCUCAUCCAUCUCCCAGAAAAAGUCUACAUCACCCUCUGCUUUGUUAAUUGCGGGCUUGGAAUCUACCACCACUGCCACCCCGAAGCAGUCUGCUAUCAAUCAAGAACUAGAGGCCGAGACCGAGCCUCCUAAUUACGAACAAUUCAAACCCCGAUCCUCGAUUCCCUCUGGGCUCCCAGGACCAGUGUACGCGCAACAAUGUAUCACCGCUGCAAUUUCAUCGCGUCUCGAUCCUUUCGCACUACAUAUAGGGGAACAAAAAGCUUUAGAGAACCAUCUAUGCCAUCUCCAUGUCACGGCAUACCUUAAUAUCCGCAAUGGGAUUUUGCGACUCUGGACUCGCAAUCCAAUGAUUAGCGUCACACGCGAAGAAGCACUCGGGUGCGCCAAGGAUUUUAAAUGGAUGGGCCUCGCGGAUUUUGCCUACGAAUGGCUUGUGCGCAAGGGAUAUAUCAACUUUGGCUGUGUCGAAGUGCCACAAGCUAUUGUUCCACCCAAAAAAGGUCGUCGAAAGUAUGACGGACCUGUAAUUGUUAUCAUUGGUGCUGGUGUAGCUGGUCUUGCGUGCGCUAGACAGUUGGACGGGCUGUAUCAACAGUAUCGCGACAAGAUCGGCUCGUUAAAAGUUAUUGUGCUAGAAGGACGACGUCGCAUCGGUGGACGUAUAUAUUCACAUCCUUUGAAAAGCCAUAAGAACACUUUAUUGCCGAAUGGACUGCGUCCGACGGCUGAAAUGGGCGCUCAUAUAAUUGUCGGAUUCGAUAAGGGAAACCCAUUAGAUCCCAUAAUUCGCUCGCAACUAGCACUGCGAUGUCAUUUGCUUCGUGACAUCUCCACAAUAUACGAUAUCGACGGAUCAGCAGUCGAUGAGAUACAAGACGCAAUGGACGAACGACUAUACAAUGAUGUGCUGGACCGGUCUGGCAAUUAUCGACACAAAGCCGCUAUCAAACCUACUGCAGAAGGCGACCGCGACACAAUAUUACAUGGCCGCGACAUCACCGUAAGUGACGGUGUUACGGUCCAGCAAUAUGAAGAAGCCCGCGCAGCCGGGACACACAAUCUUCUGCUUCCAGCCGCGAGAUUUCGUCGCGGUAUCGGACAUAAUGCAUCUCGCAUCCUUCCCCCUCCGUCUUCGCAAAUUUCGGAUCUAGCUCCUGAUGAGGAACUACCGGCAGCUAUGGAAUGCCAGAGCAUGGGGUGGAGGCUCCUAGAUGGAAUAUCUCCUCGAGAUGAUCUCAAUCUUGAUGCUAUCGCUAAGACUUCCUCGAAACAAACCCUAGGAGCAGUAAUGGACGAAGGUGUCAAACAAUACCAACGCAUGCUACCGCUGACACCCAAGGACAUGAGACUCUUGAAUUGGCAUUAUGCGAAUUUAGAAUAUGCAAAUGCAACUAAUCUUAAUAGACUAAGUCUAUCUGGUUGGGAUCAGGACAUGGGCAAUGAGUUUGAGGGAGAACAUAGUCAGAUUAUCGGAGGAUACCAACAAGUGCCUCGAGGGCUAUGGUCGUUGCCCACGAAACUCGACGUCAGGACCAACGAAACCGUCACAAAAAUAACCUACGACUCAACUGGCACAGCAAAAAAUCAUAAAACAAUAGUCCAUACUGAGAAUGGUCCCAUAACAGCCGACCAUGUCGUCUACACAGGCUCUUUGGGCACGCUCAAACACCAUGACGUGGAAUUUUCACCUCCAUUACCGGACUGGAAGACCGGGGCAAUUGACCGACUCGGCUUCGGUGUUCUCAAUAAGGUCGUGCUAGUCUUUGACCAAGUAUUCUGGGAUAGCAAUCGAGAUAUGUUCGGUCUUCUCCGCGACACCGAUGUUCCAGGCAGUAUGUCGCAGCCUGACUACGCGCGAAAUCGCGGCAGAUUUUAUCUGUUCUGGAACUGCGUUAAGACCGCCGGCAUACCGCUGCUGAUUGCAUUGAUGGCCGGCGACGCAGCGCAUCAAGCAGAGAGCUUGUCCGAUACGGAAAUCGUCGCCGAGGUUACAGCGGAACUCCGCAAUAUUUUCAAAUCUACACCCGUGCCUGAUCCGUUAGAGACAAUCGUCACACGUUGGAAGUCGGAUAGAUUCACUCGUGGCACAUAUUCAUUUGUGGCUGCUGAUGCCCUACCCGGUGAUUACGAUCUCGUUGCCAAGGAUGUAGGAAACUUGCACUUUGCCGGCGAAGCGACGUGUGGUACGCAUCCAGCCACAGUACACGGGGCGUUUUUGUCAGGAUUGAGGGUAGCAGCGGAUAUCAUAGAGAAGGUUUUGGGACCCAUUGUUGUGCAGAAACCUCUGGUCCCUGUGAAAGAAGGCGAGAUUAUUCAGCCGGUUUAUGGAAACGGAUUGGGCAGUGGGACAAAGAGUACUAUAAACAACCAUACGUACAAGAAAUCCACAACGCCAACAUCAAAACCAAAAGCAAAACCAACCCCCAAGCCAGCAACCAUUGCAUCAACAACUACAGCAUCAACUGCGCCACCCCCUGAACCCAUCCCUCGCGAACAACAACUCCACGCCAAUGCCCUGGAAACUUACUUAACCAAAACUCUCGGCCCAAUUCCCGUGAAGCCCCCCAAAAUCGCACUCAACCCCUUCCUCACAUUCCAAAAAGACUACUGGAUCCGGGCCAAACAAGCGUGCGAGACACAGAAGCGAGAAUCCACAAAGGAUCCGCAAGCCAAAGCUGCGAGAGAUGAGAUACGGGCGGUACUAGGGCAAAUGUGGCGCGAAGCAGAUGAAGAGACAAAAAGACCGUACCAUGACCAGAUGACGAUAAACAGACAAACAAAUACAGAGGUGUUGGAGGCGUGGAAGGGGCAGAUGGAUGUGUAUACAGCGCGUCGAGAAGAGGAGAGGAGGAAAUGGGAGGAGCAGAAUCCGUUUGAAAAAUGGGUGGAAGAAAACGUUUCGUAG